AUGAUUUCUAAUAAGAUGGGAUAUCCGCUGGCAGUUAUUUCUGGAUUUUGUGCAGCGUGUACCAGUCUAUAUGGCAAGUUAUUGAGCGAGGGGUACAUAUUAACCAAAUUGCUGGCGUGUUUCCCAGAUGCAAACAAGAAUUUUCUCGUCUUUUCAAGCUACGGUGGUGCUAUUGUCCUAAAUGUCGUAAUGUGGCUGGCUCUUGUCACCGCACUUAGCGUUAGUCAAAAAAGUGUUGCGGCACUGGCAACAAACACACUGUCGAAUUUCGCUUUUUCAGCAGCUUUUGGUAGGUAUAUUUUUCAAGAAGAACUGACUGGGAAUUGGUUUCUUGGAAUGCUUUGCCUGAGCAUCGGAAUUAUUUUUUUGGUUUGUGAAAAGUAA